AUGGCCGCAGGCGUGAUCCGGCCUCUUUGCGACUUCCGGCUGCCCCUGCCCACCCACGGGCCCUUCCUGCCCUCAGACCCGGAGCCCCAAGAGACUUCUGAGGAGGAGGAGGAGGAGGAGGGGGAGGCGGGGGAGGAGGAGCUGGAGGGGGCGGGGCCAGAGGGCCGCAGCCCAGCCCCCCAGGCCUCAGGCUGGGCCCCAGAAGCAGCCCCCCGGGGUCCCAGCAGCCCCGAGAACCCCCUGCAGCUGCUGCACUUCUCCGAGCUCAUCAGCGGCGACAUCCAGCGGUACUUUGGCCGCAAGGACAGGGGGCAGGACCCGGACACCGGUGACAUCCGUGCAGACGGCAGCUCAGCCCAGGGCCUCCGCUGUGCUGACCUGGUGAACCGGGCUCCGCGUGGGCCCCCCGGUGGCGAGGAGGCUAUGGAGCCCGGCGUCCUCUCCCCGAGGGGUCCCGAGGGGCAGGCACGCGGGCUGGGGCCCCUGGCCGAGCUCUUUGACUACGGGCUGCGGCAGUACUCAGGGCCCGGGGCCCCGGCCGGCCGCCGGCUACGGCUGGAGCGCAAGUACGGCCACAUCGUCCCCAUGACCCAGAGGAAGCUGCCGGUCUCCUUCUGGGAGGAGCCGGCGCCCGGCCCCCUGGGCCUGCUCCGCCCCGGCACGCCCGACUUCAGCGACCUGCUGGCCAGCUGGUCUGCGGAGACCGGCCCCGAACUGCCCGGCGGGGGCCCCCAGACCCUGGACGGGGUGCAGCUGGCCGAGGCCUAGCGAGUGGGCCGGGGUCGGGGGUGGGGGGCGGGCCGGAGCAGCAGGCAUCUGGACUGUCACUGCUCUCUCGGAGGAGCCCCUGGGGCCCCCAACCAUGGUGGCAGCCAGCAGAAGGAGCCAGCUCAGGUCGGGACUUGGCAGGCCCAGGGAGUCGGCCCCCAGCAGAGGCCCCCCGGGCAGGAGUCGCAGCCCCUCAGAGGUCGUGUGCUCAGGGGGUCUACACACUGUGCCUGGCUCUGGGCGAGGCCGUUCACCACCCAGACAUCCCCGAGGCCCCAGGUGGGCAGCAAAGGGCAGCUGUUCCCACCACCUGCCCACCCGCCCGGUCCUGGGGCUGCCCCUCCUUGAGGCCCCGAGGCAGGUGGCAGGGCCAGCCACGUGGGAAGAGCGAGGGCCUCCUUGGAGGCGGGAAGAAAGGGCGCUCCCCGAGCGUGGGAGCAAACGCGACAUUCGCUCC